AUGCCAAGAGUAAAUCGUCACAAACAUCAUACCUGUCAGAAUAAUAGGCUAUUUGAGACAAUGAAAAUAUUACAAGAAUGUAUCGAUUUUCUUAAUAGCGAAGUUCGAAAGCAGAAAUGGUAUUCGAACCAACUUACUAAAGAAUUAGAGAUUUUAAGAAGAUAUCUUAGUGAUCUUACUAGGCGUCUUUCGUUAACAGAAUAUAUAAACGGAGAUCUUAAAGAAGAAACCUGA